CCAUCAUCCCCACAUUCUUGAUCCUUGGUGCUCGGCCAUUCACGAUUGCUCGUCAAGGAUACGCAUCCACCGCCUGCCUUCGCCCGAUCCCGUGAACGCAUCAGACGCGUGCAGAGGAGCACUGACUCUGCCUCGACCCACGUUCUUGCAGUAUCCGUUAAUUGUAAAACAAACGCCACCUUCGAGAAUCGUCCCAUUCCUGCGGCCGUGUGGUCGUCAGUCACAGUACUUGCCAACGCUCCGUCUUUCAGACGAAGUCAGAGCUCUGCAAGUCAUUGCCUUGGAAAGCUGAGAAGCUACUGUUCCUGCGCGUGUGUCAGCUUGCCGCCGCCGUAUAGGCAACAAUGACGGGUGCACAAGAUACGGGACAGGCAGCAGCAGACAAUGCUGCGCCUAUGAGUGGUAAUUACCCCAAGGCGCCCACUUCUGCCCAAGCAAAGGCUCAAGGAGGAGAAGCCGUGCAGAAACCUGAAGAUCAUUGCUCGAUCACUGAGGUCUCCAAGUCGGUGGGGACGCAAUCGUCGACGCCAAUAACAACGAAGGGACCGCGCCCUGUUUCUUCCUCUUCUGUUCGACCACAAGUCUUGUCCUCAAGCACUUCUCCACCGACUAAGAUAGCUUCGGCUGAUGCACAGAGCGCUCAUCAAGUUGCACCAAAGACUCCGCAAUUUGCUAGCUCGAGCGGAGGCACAAGCCGCGAAGUACAAGCGGGUCCCUCCACGAGGCUUCUAGCGUCCGAGCUUUCUCCUGCCACACCGGCUACCGCAUCUGCCCCCGCACGACCAGCUUCGUUCUACUCCUCUACAUCCUAUGGCGAGCCUUUGGCGCCUCCAGCGUCCAUCAAGACAUCAGCAAGUGCUCAUCUCGAUGGUGUCGGAGACGCGGACAGCGAAGAUGCUCCCAGCAAACAGAUUGACGAGGAGCCAGAUAGCGUCAACCAUGCGUCCGCACGUGGCUCAGGCAGACCGCGCGGGCGUCCUCGAGGGUCCACAUCGAGAGCGCGUCCCGGAGGCAGUCGCGCGCGUGGUCGCCCCCGCACGCAGACUUCGAGGCAAGGUCAGACUUUUGACGAUGUCGAUCAGGGCCACGCUAGUUCUGCUUCUACGCCUACAUCGUACCGCAUACAAAGGGCUGGCGCUGCCGCUAUUGAUGCAGCCGCAGCCAAGUUGGCACGCAUUGAGCCCACUUUCAUAACGUCGCGCGACUUCGCUCCACAACUCAAUGGCGACCGUACGGAGGAUAGUGACCCACACUAUCAAGCGCCGAAAGAGGGUGGAAUGAAGAGGAGGAACAAGGACGACGAGCUGCCAAAUGGGAAGGACGGCUCUUCUGAUGCUUCUGCUCUCAGCACAGCACACGUGAAAGGUGAUCCGGCAAUGCACCCCACUCGGAAGGCUGCUCUGCGCAUCGUGCAGCAGGGUACUUUGCCGCCCCUGCCUUUCAACAAUGCCAAAGUUGAAGACGGACAGAGUGAGGCAUACGCAGGCACCUCAACGAUACCCACGCACUUCAGCACUCCACGCCACCCGCCUCCACGCCAACGAGAACGACUGUUCGAGCUGGAAGACGCGCCCACAUUUUACCCCACCUGGCAGGAUUUUGCAGAUCCUAUGCGAUACAUCGAAUGGGUUGCCUCUCCAGAUGGAGGACGUGGCAAAGAGUAUGGUAUAGUCAAAAUUGUCCCCCCCCAAGGCUGGAACCCAGAAUUUGCGCUUGACCAGGAGCUUUUCUCCUUUCGCACCCGUGUGCAGCGACUGAAUUCGCUGAGCGCUGACGCGCGAGCAUCGCUCAACUACCAGGAGCAGCUGCAGAAGUUCCACGCGCAGCAAGGACAUGCGCGCGUGUCCAUUCCAAUCGUGGACCGGCGACCCGUGGAUCUGUAUAGCCUUAAAUUAAUCGUUGCGGAAUUGGGGGGUCCUGAGAGCGUGGUCAGGAAUCGGAAGUGGUCAGACGUCACGCGCAAGCUAGGCUACGCCGAUAGCGAUGCCAAUCAUCUCGCUGCGCAAGUCAAAGCAGCCUACUACAAGAUCAUUCAUCCGUUCGAGAAAUUUUUGCUGUCAGCGAAGGAGCAAGUGCGGCAAGCUUCCAACAACACUUCUCCCGCAGGAGUUCCAAGCACAGCUUCAGCAAUCGCAGCACUGAAUAUUCGCAGCACACCGCUGCCUACUUCUCAACAGAACCAGACGGAUUCUCCCUCCGCCCAAAGUGCGCACCCUACAGACGGCCAGAGCACUUUGACUUGGGCCGAGCUCACACCUGCCGAAAGGGAGCUUUGGGCAAUCGAAGAUGCGGAUGCCGCGAGCUCGAGCAAGCGGCGCAGCACAAGACGUCGUACAGAUUACACUGCCGUUGCUGGGCUCAAAAGCUCUACCAAUGCCAAGAGCACACGUAGAAAGAAGAGCACAGGCGCAGGUGGUAUGAGCCGAGCUGAACACCAGGCAGCAGAGGAGGAUCUGAUCCUACUUCCAGGCGCAGAAGAACAAAUGUGUGAAAUUUGUCUGCGCGGAGACGACGGCAUGGAGAUGCUGUUGUGUGACGAGUGCAACAGAGGCUACCACAUGUACUGCCUCGAUCCCCCCUUGACUUCGGUGCCAAAGUCCCAGUGGUUCUGCCCACCUUGCCUGGUGGGCACUGGUAAUGACUUUGGCUUCGACGACGGAGAGACGCAUACACUGCACUCAUUUUGGAAACGCGCCGACGCAUUUCGAUCCGACUGGUGGGCUAAACGAUCGGGCGCAAUCUGGAAGCCUGCAGCAGAACCAGAACGCGAAAGAUCAGUCACAGACAUGUUCAUCGAUGACGUCGAUGCUGCCAAGCCUGGCCCCUUGUCGAAUGGUCUCACGCGACCAAUCGCGGGCACUGAUCUGCGUGUAGCGGAAGAUGACGUCGAGCGCGAGUUCUGGCGACUCAUAGAAGACCCUAACGAGACCGUCGAAGUCGAAUAUGGCGCAGAUAUUCACUCCACCACUCAUGGCAGUGCGCUACCAACACUCGAGACUUGCCCGCUCAGCUCAUAUGCGCGGGACGGAUGGAACCUGAACAAUCUUCCAAUCUUGUCUGGCUCGCUCUUGAGGUACAUCAAGUCCGACAUUUCCGGUAUGACUGUGCCUUGGAUCUACGUCGGAAUGAUGUUCUCGACGUUUUGUUGGCACAACGAGGAUCACUAUACCUACUCGAUCAACUAUCAGCACUGGGGUGACACGAAGACCUGGUAUGGUAUACCCGGAGUCGAUGCUCAGAAAUUUGAGGAAGCCAUGCGUCGAGCCGCUCCAGAUCUUUUCGAAACUUCACCUGAUCUUCUGUUCCAACUUGUCACCAUGAUGAGUCCAGCAAAGCUCAAGCGCGAAGGAGUGAGGGUCUAUGCUUGCGACCAACGCGCCAAUGAGCUGGUUAUCACCUUUCCCAAGGCGUACCACUCCGGUUUCAACCAAGGUUUCAAUCUCAAUGAAGCUGUCAACUUUGCGCUACCGGACUGGUUGGACCGCGAUCUCGAAUGCGUGCAGCGUUACCAGCGCUUCAGCAAACAGCCAGUCUUCUCGCACGAUGAGCUAGUCGUAACAAUCUAUCAACAUAGCCAGGUCACGGAGACGGCCAUGUGGCUGCACUCAGCCUUCGCGGAGGUCGUCAACCGUGAAGUGUCAGGUCGCAAGGCUUUGCGUGACCGCCUUGUCAUGCUUGAAGAAGAAGUCUACGAUAGAGAUAGACCUGAGAAGGAUACGCAGUGCACCCAUUGCAAGUGUUUCUGCUACCUAGCUCAGGUGACUGCUGAGGGCACUACUAGUAUUGCCUGUCUAGACCACGUCGAAGAGGUCCAUGGCAGUGACGUCACCGAAAAGCGGUUGCUGCGCAUGAGAUUCUCUGAUGACAAUCUAGAGAGCAUGCUGGUCAAAGUCAGCGAGCGAGCUGAAGCUCCACGCCAAUGGGAGAAGCGGUUCAAGAAGCUGCUGAGGUCUCAUGCUCGCCCACCGCUGAAAUCCCUGCGCAACAUUUUGGCCGAAGGUGAGCGUUUGCCCUUCGCGGUGCGCCAAGUAGAAGAACUGCGUGACUUUAUCGAGCAAGCGCAAGAAUGGGUCGACAGCGCGACUGCCAUCAUCACUCGCAAAGGAAAGCGUCAGAGUACAAUGAUGGGCUCCAUAGGCGGGCCGCCUUCGCUUACGACUCGUCGAGCCUCAAGAGCGGUCGUGAAAGCCAGCGCCAGCCCAGACCAUCGCUCGCUCGGCGAGGGCAAGGACGAUGCUAGCAGGGAUACGGACGGGCCCCCAUCUCCUGAAGCGGUGUACACGUUGCUUGAAGAGUCCAUCGCUCUGCCCUUCGACGCUCCGGAAAUCAGCCAGCUUCGCGACCUCGUGUCUCAAUUUGCGCGAAUUCGCGGUGAUGCCACUGUGCUUGUCAAAAGGGACACGGAUACGCCUGACGAUCCCGAGGAGCCUCCUAUGGAUGCGAUACAGGCGAUGUUGGACGAAGGCGAAUCAAUCAACGUAGCCUUACCCGAGCUACAAGAGCUAAGUCGUAUCAAGCUCGUCAGACAAUGGUUCAAGGAGAUGGACGAAAUUCACGCAAAUUUCAUCAAUCUGGAUGAGGUGGAGGAGUUGCUGGCAGAAGCAGCGGAAGGGCGAAUUCCUGAGACGCAAGCCUACCAUGCGGAUCUCCUUCGCCGUCGAGAGCUUGGACGCGAAUGGAAAGCUUUCGCCCUCCACGUCUUGGAUGGCACAGAGCCCAUUCGCCAGCGAGAUUUGGAGCAUCUCACGACGACUUCAAAUGAAGUAGCUGUGGUGCCUGAGCUUCAUCAGCGAGCUGAGGCUCUCCUCAAGAAAGCUCGCGAGUACCAAAAGCUAGUAGAGACGGUCUUCGAGGGGAUGGCGGAGCCUAGGCCUGGCCACGCUGUUCCCAUCGGAAACCUUGAUCAGCUACCCGAGGCCCGAAGAGUCGUCAAGCUGAUCAAGACUGCCCGGUUACACAUUGGCGGAGCGCGCGUUCUUGCCGAAGGCAUCGACCUGUACGACGAGUGGAACGAGCGCUUGCAAGAUUUGUUGGAAACGACGUUCGCACAGAAGCGCGCUAUGAGUCCCGAAUCUACUUCAGCUCAGCUUGAUCAGUUCUUCAAACAGAUCCAUGAAAGCACCGAGCUGGACGAUGAGGUACCCCCUGAAUCCGGUUUCGCUGCGACUCAGCGACAAUGCGUCUGCCGGACCACCGAAGACAUCAAUGGGCCCGACACAGUACAAUGCGAGGAAUGCAUGUCGAAAUAUCAUUUGGAAUGCCUCAAAAUGGAGGCGAAAGAGAUUCCAAAACACAAAUCCUGGUUUUGUCCGGUUUGUCAGCCACAAAAGUUGCCCAAGCUUCUGGCACAGCGCCGUGCGAUCAGUCUGCGAGACGUCACUGCGCUUGCAUGCGAUGCUCGCUACGAGCCGCACUGCUUCCAAUUCCCUCCCAAAGAUCUUCUCGCGUUUGGUGAAGCGGAACAGAGAGCUACGCGUCUUCAUCGCAUCGCGUACGAUUUUUUGGUCCCAAAGCCCGCUCCCACGUAUCGCCCAAACGAGCUCAUGUUUCGACACAUCCUUCGAAAGGCGAUUGGGUGUCCAGUGGAUCCGCCGGCGCCCAACGGUGCGCCGACUGUUGCAAUCAUUUCUCAGGUCCUCUUCAAUCUGCACGGACUCGACGGUCAGGGGAAUCCCGUACCUGGAAUCAUUCCACGCCCGAAUAUCUCAGUGCUGAAGACGGGCCGAUAUGCUGGCUCUCCAACUAGUCGGCCGGCCCACCCUGUCUAUGGCGCCAGGACUUUGCCCUCCAACCAGUCCACAUCAGCCUCGCCCAGUGCGGCCCGGCCGAACAGUGGCGUUACGACUUCACACGCUGCACCACAAGCCACGCAUACUUCUCGCGAGCCCACUCAUGCGCUCAAUGCUAGUGGCUCGACUGCGAAAGACGCACCGAGUCUUGGCCAAUCGGCCUCCGCAGCGCACGAACACCCGCCAUCCUUCGACGACGACAUGCCUGCGCCAUUCUCUGGACUCGACGAUGUACCUGCGCCCCUAGCUGGCGACGGUGAUGAUUCUGCGCCUGUUCCCGGCGAGGAGGCCAAAAGUGCUGAACCAGAAUACAUUGACCCACGGAAGCGCAAGCGCGGAAAGCGUGCCAAGCUCAUUUUCGCUGAAGAGGUUGGCAGCUAUGUGCCCAUCAAUGGCGAGCGGGUUUACUGCAUAUGCAAGAAGGCAGAAUCCGGUGCUAUGAUCUCGUGCGACCGCUGUAUGGCAUGGUACCAUUGUAAUUGCGUCUUCGUAGACGACAGCGCCGACUUGCCGGAGGGCAAAUGGCUCUGUCCCCUCUGCUGCGUCAAGACGGAGCGCAAGUAUCCGCACGCGGAAGUCAAAGUACGAGAAAGUGGAGUCACAGAUCCCAAUCUGUUCCUCGAUGUUCGAGCCACCCUGCGCUCACAAAAGCGGCCCAUCAGCAAAUUCCAAGUCUGGAGCACGGUCAGCGAGUCCAGGCGCCUCGUUCUGCACCUUGAGAGCUGGUAUCCGGCCGUCGCUGUGGAUCACCAAGCUGAGCCUGCAGCAAAGAAAGCACGCAGGACAUUCGUGCGCGCUCCGGGACCUGCCUCUGCCAGCACUGCAGAGCUGUGGGCAGCACAUGGAUCGCCUGGCCAUGCCGAAGCACAGCUCCCCGAAACGCACACCCCAUUGCAGUAUCCCCCACCUUCUCAUCGGGGAAAUGAGGCUCAUUUGUCUGGCGCGCCUUCUGAUUUUGGGUUUGGUGCAGCACAUCAUCAUGCAGGGGGCAACGCGGUGCCGAUGCACCUUCAGCGCGGUUACGAGCAAGGAUCGAUGCUUGACCGACAGCCGGACAUGCAUCCUACACCGCUGCCUCUGCCAAUACCUGGCGACUCACGCUCAGCACACCUCGUCGCGGACCCUGCCUUGCGCGAGGCACAAAUGCGUGCUGAGCGCGAAGCACAGGCUCAGCGUGAGGCGAAGGAGCGGCAUAGGGCAGGCAUGGCCAAUCUUUACAGUCGCGGAGUAACGGACGCAAUGAUCGAGAAGUGGUACGUUGGCUGGAGCGGCAAGAACUUGGUGUAUCCCAGGUACGACGAAUUUGGAAACCUCACCGAAAUGGAUCUCGGGACGCACAUCGUUCUAGCACCCGACGAUCAGGAUGGCACGAAGUUUAUGGAGCGGCUUUUAGAAAAUGAAGUACGCGCUGCCCGUGACGCUCGUGAGCGAGCUCGCCACGAGGAGCAUAGUGCUCUACAAGAUUCGCAAGGCUGGGCAAGACCACGUAGUGUGUCGCGGGCGCCGGUUGAUCACGAUCUCCAAGUGUGGUCACGCAGAGAGGGUUCGACCCAGUCACCUGGAGUGGUUCAUCCGGGACUUCCGCCUGUCCGCCGUCCAUCACACGAGUCUACUGCAAUUUCCUCGCCAAGGCAGCGCCCGAAUGCAUUGAGACCUCCUCCGCCAAUGAUGCAGCGCGCUAUGCCGUACGAGCCUUCCCCUAGAAGCAGCCUUCGGGCGCUACCACCUCCACCUCCUCGGCGUGACCCAACUCGAUCCCCUUCCCAGGCACCCUCCUUGCCUCGUACACUACACGGUGUCAUUUCUCAAGCACCACCUCUUCCUUCCUCCGCUCAAUCCCUGAUGCAAGGGUCAAACCAGAUCCCUUCGGAGAGCUACGGGUCUCCCGCCUUGCCUCCAUUGUCCACUGGAGAUCUCAGCGGCGACCCUCGAACAGGGCGUUCCUCUUUGCCCCCGCCCCUCCUGCCACCUACUUCCAAUCAAGAGCCUCAACAUUAGUGCUGGGACCGUUGCAUUGGCGAUCGCCACCUGCUUCGACCACCCGGCAGAGCCUUCGAGACAUUUCCUCCGGCUUGUACCAGCACACAUUGAUUGGCCUGAGAAGCUUGUAUUGUACGAAAAGCACUGCAAUUACAUUUGCGAAGUGAAAUUGAACAAGUCU